AUGAAAAGUAGUUCACGAACAUCCACAUUAUCUAAAGACGAUGAAUGCUUAGAAAAGGUAUGUCUAAUAAGUAAAAAUAAUGGUACAAAAGGCACAAAGAAGGAACAAUGCAAUGACAAAAAUAAAAUUUGUAAAUUAAAAAGCAAAAAUAGUGUUGUAAAACGCGAAAAAAGUGAUACACAAAAGGAAAACAAGAAAAGUGACAGUACAAGUAAUGAAUCCAUCAAGGAGUCAUUAGGGGAGGGUAGUUUUGGUGAGGAUAGCGUGGGUCAGAACACAGAACUUGGUUUAUGUAAAGAAGAAGAAGGAGAUGCAGGGGAUGAAAAUAAAGAUAUAGAAUUUGGUGAUGCUAGGAAAUAUUUUAAAGAAGGACAAAAAUGUAUUACACCCCCGAAUGGUGAUGGUACAAGAGCUUUCUACGAAAGUUUACUUGAGGAAAAUCCGAAUUCAAUUAUUGCUAUCAAAUACUGCAUAGAAUAUGGAAUUCUUAGUGGUACGAAACAUCAUGAAACUUUACAUAAAUAUAAUUUACUUAAAAGAAAUAACGCUUUUAGAAGUAAUUUUGGGGGGUUACGAUACCAGUAUGUUAAAUUGUUGGAAGAACCCCCUAAAUCUAAUGAUGGCUCUCAUGAUGAGUUAAUAAAAAAAGAGAUUUUAAGCAAGUGA